UAGAAUUGCCAUUCAAUCGUAUCGAGAAUGUGAUUUCGAAUUUAAUCUAGCUAGGUUAACAGUUUUUUAGAUUUUAACCUCCUAUCUUUAAACAAAUCAGAUAUUAUUCAAGUACUUGCUGCAAUCGACAGGCGUAUACAUCCUAUUUGAAAACAUUUUCUCAAAAUGCUUCAAGUAUCGAAGAGCUGGAUAGUCCUACCACUGUUGACUGUAAUUGCUGUUGCAACUUUCAUUUGGAAGAAAAAUAGACAUACUUACGUAAGAGUUGGAAGAAUAAAAAAAAUAUUGUUUUAUCCUGUCAAAUCUUUGAAAGGAAUUGAACUCUCUGAAGCAGAAUGCACUGAAUCAGGAUUUGUAGUUCAUGGAUUAUAUGAACGUUCAUUUAUGUUGAUGACUAAAGAUUUAAAGCUUUUAUCGCAGUGUGAAGCCCCAAAGCUAUCUUUACUAACACCAAAAUUCGUCGAUUCUAAACUUGUAAUUUGUGGCCCAAAUUCAGAUACACUGACUUUAAGCAUAGAUUCUGUUCCAAAUAAAAAUCACGAAAUUAUUGAAUAUUGCAUGAAAUACAGAUUCCUUGGAGUAAUAUCAUGUGUUGUUGAUUGUGGUGAUCAUGCCUCAAGAUGGUUUCAAAGUUACUUAAGCAUGCCCGAUAUUCGUUUAGUUCGCUUCUUUCCUGAUUUUCCUAAGCGAAAUCUAACAUGGAUACCGUCAUUUUUCUCAAAACUAAAGAAGAUAAAUCCAAAAGAUCUUCAAGAUUUAGCAGCGGUUCACCUUAUGUCACAAUCUUCAAUUGACGAUCUCAACUCUAGACUAGUUGAUAGACGUGUUUCUCAUAUCAACUUCAGACCAAAUAUUCUAGUCGAUGAAUGCGCACCAUUUGCUGAGGAUUCAUGGCAUUAUAUGAAGCUUGGCAAUCAAUGUGAAAUGGAAAGAGUUAUUCCAGUAGCCAGAUGCUUGAUGACUACUAUGGAACCAGAAAAAGGGAUUUUGACGCAAAAUGAGCCAAUGGUGACUUUAAGAAAGUACAGAAUACCUCGUGAUCCAAAAAUAUUGCAGAUAACAGGUGCAAUACCUUGUUUUGGCCAAGCAUGUUUCCUGUUACGAACUGGAACAAUCAAACUACAAGAUGACAUUUUUGCCACUAUUACCAAACCUUUUGACACUGUAUAAAUUAAAAUAAUGCUUUAUCUAUAUCAAUAAAACAUAAUGCUUAUAA